AUGGCGACAUUUGAGAAAAAGGAGAAUUACAUCAUACAUUAUAGGAACCUACAGCAGGCCAUUAAGAAUGGUUUGAUAGUUGAAAAAGUGCACAGAGUUAUUCAGUUUAACCAGUCAGAUUGGCUGGCUAAAUAUAUUAAGUUAAACACACAGAUGAGGAAGAAGGCUAAGAACGAUUUUGAGAAAGACUUUUUUAAGCUGAUGAACAAUGCUGUAUUUGGGAAGACUAUGCAAUCGAAGAGGAAGGAGAUGAAGAUGGAGUUGGUGUCAUGCGAAAAGAGGUUACAGAAGUUGAUAAAUAAGAGCACAUUCAAGUAUUGUACUAAUUACAAUGAGGACCUGAACACGGUCGCACUGGAGAACAAAAUUAUUAAAUUUGAUAAACCUAUAUAUAUUGGAUUCGCUGUGCUGGACAUAUCCAAGACGAAAAUGGAAGAUGAACCCGAGGACGAAUGGUCUGAACUCGACUAUGAGGUAGAUGACAGAGGGCGACGAUGGAGUAAACUGGAUAAAGAGUUUAUGAGGAAGCUUCUUUGUUACACAACUAAAUAG